UGGAUACUGGCAGGGGGGAGGGGUGGAGUUUAGAGGAAGCGGAAGUGUCAGCGCAAGCGGAAGUGGUACUGCCCUGAAUACCCCGAGCAGCGAAACGGAGGACAGCUUGAUACUCCCAUCGUUAACAGACACAAAUCAGGACUCGAAAUAUAUUUAAAUUUGCAUCAUGGACAAGAGCGACCUAGUGCAGAAGGCAAAGCUCGCUGAGCAGGCCGAGCGCUAUGAUGACAUGGCUGCUUCCAUGAAGGCUGUCACGGAGGGCGGCGUUGAGCUCUCCAACGAAGAGCGCAACCUGCUCUCUGUGGCUUACAAGAACGUGGUGGGCGCCCGCCGCUCGUCCUGGCGCGUGAUCUCCAGCAUCGAGCAGAAAACGGAGGGCAACGAGAAGAAACAGCAGAUGGCGCGUGAAUACCGUGAGAAGAUCGAGGCUGAGCUUCAGGACAUCUGCAACGACGUGCUGGGUCUCCUGGAGAAGUACCUCAUUCCCAACGCUAGCCAGGCGGAGAGCAAAGUCUUCUACCUGAAAAUGAAAGGAGACUACUACAGAUACCUGUCCGAGGUGGCAUCCGGAGAAUCAAAGAAAACCACAGUGGACAACUCUCAGAAGGCUUACCAGGAUGCAUUUGAGAUCAGCAAAAGGGAAAUGCAGCCAACACACCCCAUCAGGCUGGGACUAGCACUGAACUUCUCCGUGUUUUACUAUGAAAUCCUCAACACCCCAGAGCAGGCCUGCAGUUUGGCAAAGACGGCUUUCGAUGAGGCAAUUGCUGAGCUGGACACCUUGAACGAGGACUCCUACAAAGACAGCACCCUGAUCAUGCAGUUACUAAGGGACAACCUCACUCUGUGGACAUCAGAAAACCAGGGUGAUGAGGGGGAUGCUGGCGAGGGCGAGAACUAAAGGCGUUGCACUUCACUGUUAAAUCCACCUACACUCUUUAUCUUACACAUAUACAGCCCAUAAUUCCCUGCUCCAUCCAGUCCACCUCACCUUUAUCCACCUUUCUGUAUGACGAGCAGCAUGAAUUGUACCUGACCUACAAGUUUGUACCCCUGAAGCCACGAGCGGCAGGGUGAAGUUUGGUUUUUCCAAGGCUGACUUGUCUCUCAAACAUGUCUGUUUGUGUGUUUUCCCCCAGACAAGGGAAAAUGGUUGAAUAGUGGAAACGAUUUCCAUCUUUUUUUUCCCUUCCCAAAAUCCCUCCUAACAUUUUUAAAAGGUAUAUGUCCUCUGGUCUAGCAGGAUAUAAUGCAUUAUAGUGUCCCUCCCCACCCGUUUUUCCCUCCUCUGUCUUUUCUCUCCAAUAGUGUACUGGCAAUUGCUGGUUUUAUUCAAAAGGUUAUUAAACUGUCCAUUAAUUUAACAAACACUGUGACGUUUAGUUUUUCCUCCUGGAUAACUUGUGCUUAAUGGAAAUCGGAACGGUUUCGUUACGAGUAGCAGUACAAUUCUGUUGCGAUCUCAUACAGAAGGGAUGAAAACAGGCUGUAUUGUGACACUGACUAACAUGCAUUACUAUUAUUGCUGUCAUGUGUGUGAUUUUUGCAUACAUGGCUAACGAUGACAAAAGGGACCCGAGGUUUGCCAUUCCAUGUCUAUAUUAAGUUUUAAGUUAAAGACAUUCCAUCAGUAUGUGACCCUUCACGAUUACAGACCUUAUUGUGAACAAACUGGAGAGUUUCCUAAUGUGCUGUCAAGGAGGCAGUCAACAUAAAGGUGCUGUUUGACAUCAGUAAACGAUUUUCCUGGUUUGUUCUGUACAUUUAUUCCCCCCCCCCCUUUUUCGUAAUAUUGCCCACACUUCCAUUUAAUAAAGAUGUAAAAUUGUAAACAUUUCAGAGGUAAAUAUAAAUUUGUCUUAAAACUAAAUGCUUGCAUAAACACUUAUAUAUAUUUUUUUAAGUUAUUCAACCCUCUUACAAACAGACGUCGAUGCUUGACAUUUCCCUCUUCAUGUAAAUCAGAAGGUGUUUUGGGGCCUUAGACUGACUUUGAGCUUCUCUACUCCUCAUUCCUGCUAAGAGAAGAGUUUCUGUAAGCAGUUCAGAGAAAUUCUGGAUUUAACUUGAAUUUUGUGCAGGAAAGUGCUGCAGACCAGUGGAGGCUUUGAAGUCCUGGCCCAAAGUCUGUGAAACACAAGCCGAGAUCGAAUAGUUGAAGGACCUGAAGCAUUUUUCGAGGGGUAGCCACUCAAAUCAGUGUCACAAUACCUUGUCACAUCACCAUAACAUUCCACUUAGGUGUAGAACUCAUCCGUCUCGAGCUGAAGACAAUGUUCAUGCACUGAAGACGAAAUCUCUCUCUCUCUCUCUCCCCUUAGCUGAACAAAUGGCAGUUAUUCUACGCUUGAUUACAAAAAAUACAGUAGUGAAUGUGGAGCCGAGCCUGUCUGUAUAUCUGGUAUCUCCAAUUGCUUUGUUUUUACUGACCAGUAUUCUGCCUAAAGUUAGCUUCUGUGACGGUUUCAUUGCUUAGCGCGCACGUGGUUGUGAAAAUUUAGACUAGCUUAAAGAAAAAAAAAAUAUACAAAAUGACAAAAAAAAAUACAACCUGGUUAUUGACGUAAUACUAGAUUUGUGUAUGUCUUUUAAAACAGUUCUAGUUUCACCUUACAUGUUAUAAUCAGGAAAGUGUAAAAGACAAUUUAAAGUGAAAUAAAAGUUUUAUCAGUUCCAAA